AUGGAUAGUGAGAAUCUGCAUGGCGCCUUGUCAGAGAACAAAGUAACAUCUGCACUGAUGUCAAUCAGAAAAGCCCUUGAGGAACAAAUAGAAGAAAGCUCAUCUCGAGAACUCUGCAUACUUACCACUUUGGCGUGUAGCGAACCUCCAUUGUUGGAAGAAACAUUGAAUAGAAUUAAAGUCAUUCGAGAACUGGAACUUCAUGGGGUUGAUGAUGGCCGACGGAAGCUUUACCCAUCUGCUGAAGAGUCUUUGAAGCACUUGCUUUGGCUAAGAGAACCAGAAACUGUUUUUAAUGCUGCUUUGGGAUUGUAUGAUCUGAGUCUUGCUACUAUAGUUGCUUUAAAUUCCCAAAAAGAUCCAAAGGAGUUCCUUCCUUUUCUUAAGGGUCUUGAAUGCCUACCUCCUUCUUUUAUGAGGUACACAAUAGAUUUGAAACUUUCAAGAUAUGAGAGUGCUCUCAGAAACAUUGUGUCUCCUGGCCUUCUGAACUUCACAAAGGAAGACAUUCUUCAACUAGCACAGGAGCUGUGUGACGAGUUCCAAGCACUCGGGAAGCCAGGAGAUGCCGCCAAAACCGAGCAUUGUUUAGAUGUUGAUAGAGGUGUAGGCUGCUACAUCAUGGCAAGAGAAUGGGAAGAGGCUCUUAGAGUGGCUUAUAUGCACAGCAGGCAGGAUCUUGUUGAUACUGUUAAAGAUGCAGCUCUGGAGUUUGCUGCAUUGUUGAUAUCCGAGUAUCAAGAAGGAUUGCUGAAGGUGGGUAAAUAUCUUGCACGCUACGUUGCUGUGCGGAAGAGGAGAUUAUCUCUCGCAGCUAAACUACAGUCAAAGGAGUGA